AUGCUAUACUGCUCUUCAAAGAUCGCAAAAAACAACAAGCACCCGGUACUAGGGAGGGGUUGGAGCCUGAAUACUCAUGAUCACGACGAUUUCGACACGCAUUCAGGUACUCCUGAGGUUGACUUCUGGCCACGAUAUGGCUGGAAGUUUCCUUUUCGCCGGCAGGAUCUUAACACGUUAAUAACUAAGACUACAUGCAUAUACACGACUAAGUACUACACCAUAGCUACCCGGGUCUAUCUCCGAUACAAAACAGUCAUUUCUUACCUCCAAAACGCGAAAGAGAAUCACUCCAACCCCUCUUCACCCCACUUCCGUCCCACCCUCCUUACUUGUAUUGAUGAUGAUGAGAGAAGAGGGAUUAGUCCUCUUCUCUUGAACUGCAUGACAGCUAAGCUAGGGUGUUCUCUAUCCACACGGAGCGCGUUCUUUUUGGCAAAGGUGUAG